GGGAUCGACUUCGCGGGGACUUUGGUGGGCUCGGACGGAGUGUGGUCGUUCGUAUUUGUGAGAAGAGAAUCGCAGAGAAGCCAGCUGCCGGACGCCGCCAUGCUGCCGGCGCUGAUGGUUGUGCUGCGGACGUACGCGCCGGUGAUCACGCUGCCCGUCGCUGCGCUGGUCGGCUUCGUCGGCUACAACCUGGAGAGUCUGUUCGACCGGAGCACUCCGGCGCCGCUAGAGGGCGUCAAGGACUCGCGCGAGGAGCGCCGCCUGGAGGACGCCGCUGCAGCCGUCGGCUCGCUCAAGGACAGGACAUUCGUGCCCAAAUCAGUCUUCGAGAAGAACGUGUCGCCCACGCUGACGAAGCCCAGCUGAGGGCGGGAUAAGCAGUAGGUUGAUUCGUGUUCGCCGUGUGCGGACGAUGUUGAUGGUGUGGUAUUGUGCUAGGCUAUGUUGGGACAAUGCUGCGUUUCGGAAACGCUUCGACGUGACGUCGGACUUUUGAGGAGACAUGUUGUUUUGAUGACAUCACUGUAAAAUGCUUGACUGUAUAGCGCACCGCGUUUGUUGACACCCAUCUCACUAGUGGCGCGGACAGGCUCGUUUUGUCUGGAAGAAUGACACAUUUGUCACCUUAAAAAUUACUUGCGGUGACAAUGCCGUUUCGUUUAUCUGACAAUGCCGCUUUUUAGGAGAGGAGAGGGAUUUUCGUCGCAUGUUCAGGAAAACAGUCGCGUUGUGUGAAUCAUGACAAAGUGUUGGUGAGUGUUUGCGCGUGAGCCAGCUCGUCCACAGGGCUCGGUGCUGCUGUUCUGGCGAUGGGGCAUCAUCUGCGAUCUGGAUGAGAUUUGGGAGCAUUGUAAGCAUAGCGGUCACGAUUGUAGAGGUUACCAAGCUGCAAUACAUGCCCUGGGUACAGC